AUGGGUGUCAAGGCUACUGGUGCCAAGAGGAAGGCUUCCGGGGGCAGGGCAGGGCCUGCGGGAUCGCCCAAGAAGGCUCGGAUCCAGGAGGAUCGCAUGGACCUCGACAGCGACGGCGCCGACUCUGAUUCCGACUCCGAUUCUUCUCUAGACGAUAGCGAUCACGAUAUGGACUCUUCUUCCGAUUCCGAAGGUGGCGGUGUCAAGCUAAACGGGUCCGGCCCCAAGGCCGGCAAAGGGGCCAAAUCCAACGGCAAGACCUCGAACAAGAACGGCGAUGCCACCAAGGGCACUGAGAAGACCCUCAAGACAUCUCGGGAGGCACACGCCGAGCAGAGGCAACUUGCCAAGGAACGCAAGGCGGCGAAACCGCUCGCGGAUGAGCUGCACCGGACUAAAAAUCUGGGAGAGGCUCCGACGAAAGACUUUGUGCUCAAGCACGACGCCGUACGAGCGGUGCAGACGGCGGUCAAGUACUCGACCGUGGAGCAGAGGAAGAUGAUUGCCAUGGAGCUCAAGGGCGCCUAUGCCCAGCUGGCGGAGAGCAAGUACGCCAAGUUCCUCAUUGGAAAGCUAAUGGUACAAAGCGACGCCGAAGUCAAGGACAUGAUUGUGUCCGAGUUCUACGGCAGGGUCAAGAGGCUCAUCAACCACCCAGAGGCUGCGUGGAUCGUCGACGACAUCUACCGCGCGGCCGCCACCAAGGAGCAGAAGGCCAUGCUGCUGCGAGAGUGGUACGGUGCCGAGUUCGCCAUCCUGGAGAGGUCCUCCGCCGGAGGACCCCUCACGGGCGAGCUGUCCGAGGUGCUCGAGCAGCAGCCCGCCAAGCGGGGCCCCAUCAUGAAGUACCUCUGGGACAUGAUCAACUCCUGGUCCAGAAGAAGCUGA